AUGCCUUUCCAUUAUGAUUUGCAUUAUUCCUUGAGAUAUAAGAUUUCUCCCUACACCAGCCGUAACCUGUUUCACCUUCCAUCAGUGCAGAUCACUAAUACCCCAGGAGAGAUGACUUCUUACAUAGAGAAUAAUAAUCCUUUGCUACAUUUGAGUCUCGUUGUUUCAACAGAAAUUGCCUUCAUAUUAGGACUAAUGACAACCGUCUUCAUCAUAACUGUCUAUGUUAUGGAUUGGAGGAAAGAAAGAACCAUGUCCACGUCUGACCAAGUCAUCGUCUCCAUCAUGAUAUUCAGGAUGAUUUCACAAUCUCUUCUCCAGCUGAGACUAUUCUGGAAAUUAUUCUGUACAAUGUGUUCUCCUAUAUAUGACUUUAUUAUCCAAAUCACUUCCAUCUCCUCUAUAUGUUCCUCCUUCUGGUUGUCCACUCUACUCGGCAUCAUCUUCUAUCUGAAGAUCUCCAACAUUCACAGUGACUUCUUCUUACAGAUGAGGAGACUAUUUUCAAAGAAGAUCCUAUACUUUAUUAUGGCUUCUCUACUGGUUUCCAUUGGCCAAACCUUAGUGACUUAUUUAGUUAAAUAUAGUCGUAUUGUUUUUAGCAAUUCAACAAAUGAUCAUGUCCAUGAAAUAUAUCUAAAACCUGCCGUAUUCUUCGGAAGCAUGUUUGUGUUAUUGUUUAUACGUUUCUUUUCCUCGCUGUUUCUUAUCACCUCUCUGUACCUUCACAUCAGACACAUGAGAUGUAACAAGAAUGUGACCAACUCUCUGGAUCCCUAUUAUAGAAUCAUUAAGUACAUUGCUGGUUCUUUCUUUACCUUUGUAUUAUCUGUCAUCAUCAAUUUAGUGGCAGAGAGGUUCUAUUACUUGUUGCGAUUGGUAAUCAAUUCUUUCUCUUUGAUCACUUUUGAAACAUUACAUUCGAUUUUACUGAUCUAUGUAACACCCAAGCUUAAGAAUCAAUUGUCCAGGAUCCUCAAGUCCUUAUCCAACUGCUGGAUGAAGAGAGAAGAACCUGAAGACUUAGAGAUGACUGUCACUACUGGAUACGUGAAUGGUGUCUCCAAGCUUUAG